UAAUCAAAAAAGACGGGCUCCCAUUUGGGGGGUUCCACCUCUGCCUGUGUCACAUGGAAGCGCAGUCGCUGAGCCGAGGGGAUGCAAGGAGAGAUGGAGGGGGCUUGAGGGACCGCGGAGGAGAGACCUGGCACUCGGAGGUACCACUGGAGGAAGCUCGGCGGCAGCGGGGAAGCAGACGGACUGCGUAAAGGACGCAGUCUCUACCCCCUCACCACCACCUUCCUUGGCUGGGGGAGCGCGCGGACAAGGAGGGCGACGACAGGGGUCAGCUGGCGUUUAGAGAGCAACCACAUGCAAUAUGCAGCAUCCCUGUUUGGUGAAGCCCACGAGAGACAAGUUUUUCGCCUUCGGUUGAUUAUGUUUGCGCGGAGCGCCGGGUCCGCAGGGAAGAGAACACUGACAGAAGCGGAUGCUGCGCCUCGUAUCUGUGAGCUGAAACCCAGUGAGACCGUGACACCUCCCUGCGUGCAUGAGUGUGAGGGUGUGAGUGUGUGUGUGCGUGCGUGAGAGCGAGCGAGCGUCUGCGCUCCCACAUGGCCUCCAUGCAGGACGGGCUGAACUUCACGGCUCCUCCCUACGGCAAGGUCCUGCUGCUGGGCGCUAUCGCUGCUGCCUCGGCCUUCGUUGUUACCAUUCUCAUCGUGGUGCUCUGCGUGGGCUGCCAGAGGAAGGGGAAGGCACACAAUGUUCCUGGUGAAAGUGGAAAACACCGUCUCAUGGACAUGCAGGGUAUACUCAAGCAGUCCAAACUGCGGUCCAUCAGUAAAUCCGACACUGAGAUGAACAAGAUGAACUGCAAUGGCAAAAGCAGGCAGCUUCCCCAGAUCCCCUCUGGGACUGGAGAGGACGGCGAGCACACUUACUCUGAAGUGGGCCAGCGCUCCUCCACUACACGUACUGACGAUACCCUGUACGCCAUGGUAGGCAGGGCCGGGCAGACGGACACUCCGGCCCCUCCAGCGGUGCCUGCCAACACCCCAGCACCUCCAGAUCCAGACGGGGACGUGGAAGAAGGACUGGCUGAAGCCGAGGCCCCGGUCAUGACACCCCCCCAACCUCCAGAGACCGCAGAGUACGCCUGCGUCAGGAAGCUGCGGAAGGCGGAAAAGGCGCCGCAGAAGAGGGACAGCGGGACGGAUAUGGUCGAUCCGCCGGCGCCUCCUCCACGACACGCGCCACCUUCACACCCAGCACCUCCUCCACCACACCCCCACAGCACAAAGUUGCCCCGACGAAACAUUGAGGCCUUUAAUGUCCCAUCAUUCCCAAAGGAAGUGAUGUUUAUGGGCAAUGGAGAGCAGUACAUCUGGAAGCCUCCAGAGGACGAAGACGUGUUCGGGCUCCAGACUAAAGCUCUGGGCCCGCUGGGCGCGCACACCAUGGAGAAUAUUCAACCGUCCGCUGCUGCGGUGGCUGAGAUGUACUCCAAAGUCUGCAAACCUGGAAAGAAGAAGAGAGCGGUGCCGGGCUCUCCCCCAGCCAACCUCGGCUUCCGGACCUUAGGUCGAGGUGAGCGGGACCGAGACCGAGACGGCGGCUUUAGCGUUGUGGUCAAACCCCAGACGUGGGCCCCCCAGGAGGGCAAAGCGGUCGGAGGGCCGCUGGACGACCACUGCUACGAGUCCAUCGGAGCCGAGGAGUGUGACCCGGCCUACGAGAACGUGGAGGUCGGCGGCGUUUGGAAGCGAGAGAGGCCCCCCAACACGUGUGCCACCUUGCGGCCGAGGAGGAAGAAAGCCCAGCAGCCCUUGCAGCAGCAGCACCCCCCUCCACCGCCGCCCACACAGCAGACCCCCAAGUUACAACACCUGCCCGCCAAAGCGCUCCUGCUGCCGGGGGAAAACCUGUACGAGAGCAUAGGCGACCUAAAGCAGGGCUCGGCCACUUCCAGCACGACCACCAUCUUCACCUUCAACGAUGGCAUGGAGAUGUACGUAACAGGGCUCUGAGACAGCGGCUGCACUGUGAACCCCUUUUCCUUCCAACACAGCCGAGCCACAGAGUGACAGCUGGGCCCCUUCAUGCUCAUCCACACAUACUGUUUACAUUCAAGUCAUAACAUCAAGCUUUUCACGGCUCCAGAGGCCUUGGGGUAGUAAAGUUGAUCCGUUAUGACCUGGGCUGAAUACAAAGUCCUGAAUAUACGUCCAAAGGUAGUGAAAAUAAAUGAGCACAAGACUAUUGCAGAGUCAAAUCUGUAGGUAAAAGUAGCACUUCUGUCGUUCUGAUAUGUGCAAAGCACAAUAACUUAAAAAAACCUAAAUUCCUCAAUUCUGGUGAGUUAAAAAGGGGUGGACCUCUUUGUGUAAAACAUUUUGGUAGCAAAGCUUGUUGUGACCCUGUUUUUGAUGUAGUCAAAUGAGAAAAGGAAAGGAAUUAAUCAAAAUACUUGAAAGCUCAGGGACCAAGAAAAGUGACAAGAGUAUUAUUAUUAUUAUUAUUAAAGAAAAAAAAAACUUUGCACACAUUUCGCAUUCCUCCUAAAAGAUUCAGAUCAUGUUCAUACUCAGAGAGCCGAUCAGAUACUUCCCUCCAUCUUUCACUCCUCAUGGACUGAACACUGUCUCCCCUGCCUGUAAAUGACCUUUUUACUUUGUUGAUCCUGUUUCUGCACUUUGCCUGCUACAAGUUGCAUGCCUAUAAAAGCAAGAAAAGAAAAAAAAAAGUCAAGCACUGUCAUGUGGUACUUCUAUAUGAAUGUUUUUAUUUUAGUUUAUUUUUUUAUUUUUAUUUUUUUGUCGUUGGGUCUCUUAUUUUGUUAGUGUGUUGCUUUUAUUUUAUUUUAUUUUUUGUAGAGUUGAGAGCCAGUUAGAUUAAGGGUGUCCUUGGUUUGGUGGGGCUCCCCUGGAGCUGGGAGGAUGCUCGGUUUCCUCUCCCGUGCACAGAUGAAACAAAGAACUGCUGGAGUCCUGAAGGUGGAGACAGUCCACUCCCGCCCCUCUCCCAAUCACCCCCUCCGCCCCUUUCGUCUGCUCAGACCUCAUAUCUGUGGAGUGUUCAUCUCCAUAGUCCCUUGCCUUGUGGUCAUCACAAAUCUGCUUUGGUUUCAUCAUAGUGCAGCGUGGAAAGCUACAGUAGAACUGAUGUGUGUUAGCAAAAUGUCACGUCUCAUCAUCCCGCCAUUGACGAACACUUUGUUAUCAGUGUUGAAAAUAUUGCAGAAACGAGGAAAAAAAUGGAAAAGAUAAAACAAGCGGUUCGCUAAGCAGCAGAGCAUCACCCCAGAGGAUCAACACACUGAAAUUGCAUCCAAAAAUCCUGGACAGUAACUUCACUCAACCAAAUACCCCCAGCGAACAAUGUGAUUACUCUGUAUGUUGAUGCAAUGUGUAUGUACAUGACAAAAAAAAAAAAAAAAAAUGAGAAAGAAUAAUAAAUAUAUCAUCAGUGUCAAGAAAAAUCUAUCUUUUCCGAUUAUUUUCAACUGUGUUUUGGAAUGACUUAUGUUGUGACACAAAAUGCAAAACAGCUGCAAUGUAAAUUUCGGUGUAUUCUGUUCGUUGUUUUUCAAAGCCAUGAAGCUACGGUGUGUUCUUGGAAAGCCCUGCUAAGUUUAAUGUGGCAGCUAAUGUUGUGUGUUUGCUAUAAAGACGACAGGGUCUUGUACUCAAAAGCGUGUAAUUAAGUGCUAAAGUGCAAAAGAUUGUAAUGUUUUAUAUCAAGAUUACUAUUCAUGAAAUGUCAGUCAAGUUUAUACUUUUGUAAUAAAGUGGCACUUUAAAAAA